AUGAGCAUCAACAUGGACCUUCUCGGUCUCAAUGGUCUUGAAGGGUUCGAGGACGGAGACACGCCGCCCGUGGUCUCGAUCUCAGCAUCGCAAUCCCUUAACGCGUCGGCCGCCACCCGCCACCCGAUCGCGACGGGCCUGGCGCGUCUGGACGAGGCCCUAAAUGACCUCCCAGACCAGCCCAAUCAAGGCGGCAUCUUGCGUGGGCAUGUUACAGAAAUAUUCGGACCUCCAGGAGCUGGGAAGACCUCGCUGGCGUUCAAUAUUGCAUGUAAUGCACUACGCGACGGCAAAGUGGUCUGGAUUGGUAUGUUCCUGCCAGCUCCCCGAGUCAGCUGCGCUAUUCUACUUACACCAUUAGAUACGGGAUGUCCCUUGCCCAGUCCCCGGCUCGAGGAAAUGUCAGUCAACCUCGAUGACUUUAUUUAUAUUCGGGCGCAUACGCUGGCCCAUCUUAUAGCCCUGCUUGCACGUCCACCAAAGGGAUUUCCGCCGUCGGAAACAAACCUUAUUGUUGUCGACUCGGUGUCGAAUUUAUUCCCAGCUUACUUCCCCAGCCCCCAAGAGCUCAAGGAUCAGCUCGCCGAGGGCAAAAUCACCGAUAAAGCACAGCUGCAAUGGCUGCUCAAUCGCAAAUGGAAUAUUAUCAGCGAGCUCGCCACGCAUCUGGCUAGACUUGCCGCGAGAAGUAUUGCCGUGUUGACAAUUAACCAAUCCCGUACAAAGAUCAAGGGUCAAUCUCAUGCAUUUCUGCAACCGCUCUUGUCGGGCAGCGCGUGGGAGGCCAGCGUGCAGACUCGCAUUGUGGUCUAUCGUGACCUGCCAAAUGAGCGAUUUGCAGAGGUUGAGAAGCGCGCGGGUAAGCCAUUGCCCGAGCAACCCCGGGAGCAGCUCAUUGCGUUUCGCAUUGAACCGGAUGGACUUUACGAAAUUGAGAAAACAGAAUCUUUACUUUCCGAGCCUCUGACCCCCUUGCCGAAGUCUCCUCCUGGCUUUGAAUACUAUGAUCCUCCCACUCCGACUCCUUCGCCUAUAUCCUCUUUGCUGUCUUCUGCACCACCUUCUCCGGCAUUGGAGUCUCCAAGGCCAUUAUUGCCUGAGCCAGCGUCACCAAAACAGCAUAAGCAGACACCAAACAAGAAACGGAAGGUGGAGGAGGUAGCUGAUAGCCAGGAUGAAGACAGCGAGGAAGAAGAUGUCCCAUGGACAGACGAGACAACCUUGAAUACGAAUAAAUUUUGA